UUUUUUCUUGCCACUAAAGAGAUGGCGGGAACUGUCUAAUUCAGUGUAUAGUACACUAAAUUAGGCGCCAUUUCGCAAUUUCCCUCAUCUUCAAAACCCUAAAUCCCGCCAAAUUCUCACAAUCACACCGAAAAUUCAUAAACCCCGACGCACCAGCAACUUCUCUAAUAACUUCAUUCUUUUCCUAAUUUCUCAUUCAAUCAAAUCGCAGAAUUUUUUAGGGUUUUACAUCGGAAAAAAUCCAGAUGAAUAGCAAGGUCAAAAACGAAAUCAUAGAAACAAUUCGUUCAGUAGUUGGGCAUGAUUACGCUGAAAUGGACAUAAUCAGAGCUCUUCACAUGGCGAAUAACGAUGCAACUGGUGCAAUCAACGUUAUAUUUGACACCCCCAAUUUUAUUUCUCAAAGUCGGCAAAACCCUAGAAUUAAUUCCACUCAGAGGGUCAAAGUUCCUAGCUCAAAUUUGUUCACAAUUGAGGAGAAGAACGAGAGAUCCGAUCGAAAUGGGGAAGUAAGUUGUAUGGAUGUGGUGGAAAUUGGUGGGGAGGAGAGAGAUAAGGUGAGUUUUCCAGCGAGUUCGGUCGGAGAAGAGUGGUUGUUUGUUGGGUAUGGUGAAAUGGCUGGAAUGUCAACUUGUAAAGGGAGAAAGAUAAAGAUUGGUGAUGAGGUGGAUUUCGGAUUUCCAUUGAAGAACAAGUUGAGUUCGCCGGCAACCGGAAAGGUUUUUGGUAGAGGAAGACAGGUGGGGGCUUGUUCUGAGAUUGUAAGGUUUUCUACCAAAAUUGGUGGUGAGAUUGGCCGGAUACCGAAUGAGUGGGCGAGAUGCUUGGUGCCUCUGGUCAAAGAUAACAAGAUUAAAGUUCAGGGAUUUUGCAAAUAUGCUCCUGAGAAUUUGAGUAUUAUGGAUACAAUAGCAUUAAAUGUAAGUGUCUAUAUCAACAGUUCAAUGUUCCAGAAGCAUCAUCAAAAUUCUUUAAAAACAGCAGCAAAUUCCAGUGAGGAAUCGGUUGUUUUUCCCUUACCUACUCUAUUCAGAUUACUUGGGAUAGCCCCCUUUAAAAAGGCAGAGUUCACACCUGAUAAUUUGUACACUAGGAAGCGGGCUUUGGAUUCCAAGGAUGGCAUCCAUGUUUCAAUGUUGCAUGCCAAGAAUUUAAAGAAUUCAGCAUCAGAUGGAAAUGAAGCUGAAGGUGAGGAAGGUGUAUCUGAUGCUGACGUUGAUAGCAUUGUUGGAGUUGGAGAUAGCUCUAAGAUGGAGGAAAUGGAUCCUCCAGGAACCCUUCUUUGCGAACUCCGCCCCUAUCAGAAACAGGCACUUCACUGGAUGGUACAUUUGGAGAGGGGACAAACCACAGACGAGGCUGCUACUACCCUUCACCCAUGUUGGGAAGCAUAUCGCCUGGCUGACAAGAGGAAUCUUGUUGUCUACUUGAAUUCAUUUUCUGGUGAAGCAACAAUUGAAUUUCCUAGUACUCUUCAAAUGGCUAGAGGAGGAAUUUUGGCAGAUGCUAUGGGCCUUGGAAAGACAGUCAUGACCAUAUCCCUUCUCCUGUCCAAUUCUGAGAGAGUCGGAUCACCUUGUAGCCAAUUAAUGAGCCUUUCUUCUGGUGAAUGUAUGGAGAUCAGUAAAUCCACAGAUGCAUCUCCAGAUCCUCCUAAAAAGGUUGCAAAGCUUCAGGGCUUUGACAAGUUGAAGAGGCAGGAGAACAUUCUUAUGGAUGGUGGCAAUCUCAUUGUCUGUCCUAUGACACUUAUUAGUCAGUGGAAGACGGAGAUAGAAACUCAUGCUCAGCCUGGUUCCCUUUCUGUUUAUGUUCAUUAUGGACAAGGUAGAGCAAGGGAGGCUAAACUUUUGGCUCAAAAUGAUGUUGUGCUCACCACUUAUGGAGUGCUAGCUUCGGAAUUCUCAUCUGAGAGUACUGAAGGUUGUGGGGCACUUUCUUCUAUACGGUGGUUAAGAGUGGUGCUUGACGAGGCACAUACAAUAAAGUCCACUAAAAGCCAAGUUUCAUUGGCUGCUGCUGCUUUAACAGCUGACUAUAGAUGGUGUCUCACUGGCACCCCGAUUCAGAACAAUCUCACAGACAUAUACAGUCUUCUUCGGUUUUUGAAGGUGGAGCCAUGGGGAAACUGGGCAUGGUGGAAUAAACUCGUUCAAAAGCCAUUUGAGGAGGGUGAUGAAAGAGGAUUGAAACUAGUUCAGUCCAUUCUGAGGCCAAUAAUGCUAAGGAGAACUAAAUGCAGUGUUGAUCGAGAAGGAAGGCCUAUCUUAGUACUGCCUCCAGCCAAUAUCCAGGUUGUUUAUUGCGAGUUAAGUGAAGCUGAGAAGGACUUCUAUGAGGCUUUGUUUAAGAAAUCUAAGGUGAAGUUUGAUCGAUUUGUUGAGCAAGGGCGAGUUUUGCAUAAUUACGCUUCUAUACUAGAACUACUGCUACGAUUGCGCCAAUGCUGUGAUCAUCCAUUUCUUGUCAUGAGUCGAGGUGAUACACAAGACUAUGCUGACCUGGACAAGCUUGCAAAACGUUUUCUUAGAGGUGGUGGUGGUACUGCUGAAGGUGAAGGAAAAGUUGUACCAUCAAGAGCUUAUAUUCAAGAGGUUGUAGAGGAGCUUAAAAAGGGAGAGCAGGGAGAGUGUCCAAUAUGUCUUGAAGCCUUCGAAGAUGCAGUUUUGACUCCUUGUGCUCAUCGCUUAUGCCGGGAGUGCCUUUUGUCAAGUUGGAGGAAUGCUGCUUCAGGGUUAUGUCCUGUCUGCAGAAAAAUGGUGAGCAGGCAAGAUCUCAUCACAGCUCCAACUGAGAGUAGAUUUCAGAUUGAUGUUGAGAAAAACUGGGUUGAAUCCACAAAAGUUGCAUCAUUGCUGUGUGAACUGGAAAAUCUGCGGUCUUCAGGAGCCAAAAGCAUAGUCUUUAGCCAAUGGACUGCCUUUCUAGAUUUAUUGGAGAUUCCUCUUACUCGGAAUAAGAUAUCUUUUCUUCGCCUUGAUGGAACUCUAAAUCUACAUCAACGUGAGAGAGUGAUAAAAAAGUUUUCUGAAGAAAGUGAUAUCAUGGUUUUGCUUAUGUCUUUAAAGGCUGGCGGAGUGGGAAUAAACCUAACAGCUGCUUCCAAUGCUUUUGUCCUGGAUCCAUGGUGGAACCCGGCUGUAGAAGAACAAGCAGUCAUGCGCAUUCAUCGGAUUGGCCAAACUAAGACUGUAACAAUCAAAAGAUUCAUUAUUAAGGGAACAGUGGAGGAGAGGAUGGAGGCAGUGCAGGCAAGAAAACAGAGAAUGAUUUCUGGUGCCUUAACUGAUCAAGAAGUCCGUAGUGCGCGGAUAGAGGAGUUGAAGAUGCUAUUUACAUGAAGAUAAAAGGAGGAUUAUGGAGAAUCCUCGCAUGAAUUUUUAAAGGUCCGGUUUUUGGUGAUCUUACAUGUACGUGAUGUAACUGUCCAGCAACACCUAACCAUAAUGACCUGCAACCCUUCCUGGUUGUUUUAAAUCGACAAAGUUUUGGGCAGUGAGAAAUUGAUUGCCCAGUUCUAAUCAACAUUCGCAGGCAAGGGAAUUUUGUGCAGUUAAUAGUUGUUUGAUUAGGAUUCUGAAUAGUGAAUAUGGGUUCUUCAUUUUAGUUUUGUAGUUCCAGUUGGAUGUAAAUUAUUUUUGAGUGGUAUUGUUAGUCUAAUAGGAGGCUCUUCGGAAGAUGAGUAUUUGACUUCCAUAUGAGACUAAAUUUAGCUCAUAGGUUGCACAUAUAUGGCUAUUCAUGUGUAGUUUGGGUAAGAGUAUGAUAUAUAUACAAUUUCUUCCUGUGCGAUUCUUAAA